AUCCAACAUCUCGCUGUGUGAUGGUUUCAUUUUUUAUCGCUGUUGUCUUCCCCAGCUUAGCUGCUGGCUUCACCAAAGUCAUAGAAGUAACUCAACCGUCGUUCCUGGUGGUAAAAAGACAAGAGGCUGCCCACUUUGCAUGUGAAUACAGGAAUGCUGGAAAUGCAGAGGAACUCGUAAUAACUUUACUUAAACACCUUGGCAACGAGUCUCUCAAGAUUUGUGCUUCAUCGCUUACUGCUGGGUAUGAGCCGUUCGUCACGAAGGAUGGCAUCAGGUGCCAAGUCCACGCUGGUCACAACGGUGUAAACGUUACGCUUUGGGGUCUGCAGCCGACCGAUGCUGGUCUGUAUAUCUGCAGGAUGGAACGGAUCUUCCCGCCACCCUACAUCCGAGUCAUGGGAAGGGGGACCCAGCUGCAUGUGGUUGACACAGAUCCAUGCCCAGACCAGCAUCUCUAUCUUUGGAUCAUAACAGGAGUAGCUUCUGGAUUGCUUGUAUACAGCAUUUUAAUCACAAUCUGCAUUAUGAGAAAGGCAAUACGGAAAAGCAGCUAUUUUACUCCUGGGGUCUAUGAGAAAAUUGUACCAAUGUAACCGAGAAAAAGAAAAGAAAACUCCCACGG